AUGGCGUCGGCGGCGUUCAAGUCCACCACGCGCCGCGCCCUCCACGCCACCACUACCACCACCACCUCCUCCCGCUCCGACCCGCCGCCGUGCCGGCGCCGCACCCGCUCGCGCUCCGUCAGCGCGGCGCCCCGGCCCCGCGCCGCCCACGAGGACUACGCCAACACGCGCACCAACCCGCUCUUCGACUCCGCGGCCUCCCCGUCCGCCUUGCCACCUCCGCCGCCCCCCGGCGCGGCUGCUAGUGGUACUGGUGCUAGCUCCGCCCGCGGGGAUGUGGCGGGGCGGGAGAGAGGGCGUGAGCCGCGGCUCAAGGGCGGGGAGCGCGGCGGCGGAGGGAGGGCGCGGUCGGCCUCCGUCGCGCCGCCGCAGCGGCGGCACACCGCCUCGGUGUCGUCGGUGGCGGACUCUGCUGGCGAUAUCGGCGGGAGGAGGGCUUCGCGGGCGCGGUCGGUGGCCGACGACGCACGCACCUACCGGGGCUCUGAGACCGAUGCAGAAACCAGGGAUGUCGCAAGGAAAUUGCAGUCAUGGAGGAGCCGGUAUUCAGUUCCAGAGGGCAAGUAUCAGGGAACUGAUGCAAGUUGUUCAUCCCAGGGGUCAACAACCGUAGCGGGGUGCCGGCAAAUGGAUGAAACUACCCAUUCAGAGUCUAGCACUGUUGUUUCUUCACCUGGCCAUCUCCAGCAUACCAUUUGGCAGCAGAACCAUUCAACUGUACCAGUGGAUCCAGUUCUGGAAAUUCCUCCUGAGUUCGAUCCAGAUUCUGCUGAGUUUAUCUCUGACAUAAGUGAUUAUGUGACAGAAUAUGGAAAGAAAAAUAUUGUGGAAAUCCCUAUUGAUUUUGACACAGAUGCUGCUGAGCUGGUUUCUGAGUCCAGGAACAGUGCAGCAAAACAGCACUGGGAGCAAAUGGAAAUUUCUCUUGAGUUUGAUACAGAUGCUUCUGAGCUGGUUUCAGACAUAUGGCACCAUGGAGCAAACCUGCAAAGGGGGGAAUUGGAAGCUUCUCUUGAGUUUGAUCCUGACACCUCUGAGCUGGCUCCUGACAUAACAGAAUAUACAUUAAAACUCAAACAGUCACAUGAACGUGCUCGAAAGCUUAGGGCAGAUUUGGCAGUUGAAGAACAGCGGGAACAAGAACUGAGCAGAAUGCUGAAGGGCAUAGUAACAGUUCCAAAUUUUACCGAGACACAUAAAAAACGGCCAAGAAGAAAGAGUAGCAUAGAAAGACUGAAAGUGUCAAGGCAUUUAGCUGAAGAGGCAAUGAAUUAUUUUGAGGAAUGUGUUUCAAUUUCAACAAUGGAUAGCACUGAUUUCUCAUCACCUGAGGACCCUCAACCAAAUUCAGUUGUGAAUGUGCCACCAAAGAGCAAUAGUAGAUUCUUCCACAAAGGGAGAUCAAUCUUUCAAGAACCCCACACUCCGGCUGAUCAACAUGCCCAUCAUGAGGAAUCUGACAAGCAAACUCAGUGCUCAAUUAGCGCAACUGGAUCUGAUGUGUCUGACAGUGUUAUCUUUAGUCACACAAAUGGUGCUGGUUUGAAAAUUAGGAGCAUCUCCAGUGAUGAUCCUGAUGCCUUUGACACUCCACGGAGCAGAAGUUCUUGUUUCUCUUUCAACCAUGAGCCAGUAAAAAGGGUUGAAAACUGUGAUGUUCGGCAAUACCUUGGGAAUUUUGGAAGGGGAAACAGUAGCCGAGAGCUAAAAGAGACAAGGUCAAGUUAUUUUGCUGAUGACUAUGCCUCACAGAAAGUUAACCCGGACUUACUAAAGGAUAUGGUGACCUUUCAGAAUCGAAUAGAAUAUGGAGGACUUGUUAUAUGUAACAUUAGAACAUUCUGA